AUGGCAUUGUCCUUCCGGAGGUUUUACAAUUUUGACACCGAGGAGUCGUGGACCAAUAUCCCAGAACCCCAUUACUCUCAGCAACAUGAGAGGGUCCUCCCCUACUUGGAACGACGUAUACAAUCCACAAAUCUAAAACAUAACUAUCUAGAUACCUUGGCACAUGAUGAGUUGACACUUACUAUUUCCCAAGGGGCCGGAUUUACAAGUGAUGUUUCUAACAUUUUUGAGUUAGAAGCUAAUGAUGCCGUGCCAUCCUUUGUUCUAGAGAACGUGACCUCUCUUGAGGUUGCACGUGAGCGCAAGGAUUGGUCUCAACGAUUGGAUGAUGCUCUAUGGGUCUAUAGGACGGCAUACAAGACUCCUCUUGGCAUGUCACCGUUUCGGUUAGUCUAUGGCAAGAUCAAAAGUAUGGUAAUUCACGGUCAUGGACAUCACUUGAAGCCGUACUAUGAGAAUUUUGUGGAGCAUAAUGUGGAGGAGAUCUCUCUCCUUGAUCCUACGGCAAAAGAUGGUGCCAAACCAACUAAGGAAGGACAAAGACGCCUUCACCCACCAAUGAUGCAAGUUGUAAAGGAUGAAAUCACUAAGUUGCACGAUUGUGGCGUGAUCUACCCCAUCUCGGAUAGUAGGUGGAUCUCUCCCAUUCAAGUUGUGCCAAAGAAGUCAGGCAUCACGGUGGUGAAGAACAAAGACAACGAGUUGGUGCCUCAAAGGACAGUGACCGGUCAUAGAGUAUGUAUUGACUAUAGGAAGCUCAAUGCGACAACAAGGAAGGACCACAUGCCAUUACCAUUCAUUGAUCAAAUGCUUGAGAGGUUAGCUGGUCACUCUUUCUAUUGUUUCCUUGAUGGAUAUAGUGGAUACAACCAAAUAAGUGUUGCGGAAGAAGAUCAAGAGAAGACUACGUUCACAUGCCCUUUUGGUACGUUUGCUUAUCGUCGCAUGCCUUUUGGUUUAUGCAACGCCCCAGGUACGUUUCAACGUUGCAUGUAUCACAUUUUCUCUGAGUAUAUUGGUUCUAAAAUUGAAGUUUUCAUGGAUGAUUUUUCUGUCUAUGGUGAAGAUUUCGAAACUUGUUUAGAAAAUGUUGAACUUGUGCUUAAACGUUGUGAAGAAACUAACUUGGUUUUGAAUUGGGAAAAAUGUCACUUUAUGGUCACGCAAGGCAUUGUCUUAGGUCAUAUUGUUUCAUCUAGAGGAAUUGAGGUUGAUAAGUCUAAAAUAGAUCUUGUGCGUCACUUACCCCUCCCCACAAGUGUGAGGGAUGUUCGAUCGUUUCUUGGACAUGCAGGUUUCUAUCGUAGGUUUAUCAAGGAUUUUUCCAAGAUUGCGAGACCAAUGAGUUCAUUGCUUCAAAAGGACGUCCCAUUUCACUUCGAUGAUGAUUGCAAGCAUGCAUUCGAGACCUUAAAGAAGCUCAUGACUUCAGCUCCGAUCAUGGCACCGCCGGACUGGUCCUUGCCAUUUGAGUUGAUGUGUGAUGCCUCCGACUAUGCAGUUGGAGCCGUGCUAGGGCAGAGGAAGGACAAGCAGCCCUACGCCAUCUACUAUGCCUCACGAACACUCAAUGAUGCUCAACAAAACUACACCACAACUGAAAAAGAACUUCUUGCCGUGAUCUUUGCUCUAGAUAAGUUUCGUUCUUACUUACUUCAAUCUAAAGUUAUUGUUUACACUGACCAUGCAGCUUUGAAGUAUUUAAUGACAAAGAAGGAUGCCAAACCGAGAUUGAUUCGAUGGAUUCUUCUACUCCAAGAAUUUGAUCUCGAGAUCAAGGACAAGAAGGGAAGUGACAAUGUUGUGGCGGAUCACUUGAGUCGUUUGGUGCGAGAUGCCGAGCCCUUGUCCAUCCAAGAGAGUUUUCAGGAUGAGCAACUCUUUCGAGUUGAGGUAAGUGAACCAUGGUAUGCAGAUAUUGUCAAUUAUCUUGUUUCUAAGCAAUUUCCGGAUACUUUAUCGCAUGCUCAAAAGAAUAGACUCAAGGCAUUAGCUAAGUAUUAUGUUUGGGAUGAACCAUACUUGUGGAAACAUUGUGUUGAUCAAAUCAUUAGGAGGUGUGUCCCUGAACAUGAAACAAGUGGACAAGUGGAGCUAUCUAAUCGUGAGAUCAAGAGAAUUUUAGAGAAGUCUGUUGGACCAUCACGCAAGGAUUGGUCUCAACGAUUGGAUGAUGAUCUUUGGGCCUAUAGGACGGCAUACAAGACUCCCCUAGGCAUGUCACCAUUUCGAUUAGUCUAUGGCAAGGCGUGCCAUCUUCCUGUGGAGCUUGAACAUCGUGCAUGGUGGGCUGUGAAGAAUUUUAACAUGGACAUUGAUGAGGCCGGAUUCCAUAGGAAGUUGCAAUUGCAUGAGCUUGAAGAGAUUAGGAAUGAGGCCUAUGAUUCGGAAAUGGUUUACAAGGAGAAGACUAAGACAUUCCAUGACCGCAUGAUUAGGAAGAAACACUUUGUCGUUGGGCAGAAAGUUCUUUUGUUUAAUUCUCGACUUAGAUUGUUUCCGGGCAAGCUCCGUUCUAGGUGGCUUGGACCGUUUGUUGUUACUAAUAUUUUUCCU